AUGAUAGAUAAUUAUAAAGCUUGGAAUGUGCCUAAAAUUUGCAUGUUAUUCCCAGUCCAAGUGGCAGAGAGGAUUAUUGCGACACCUCUCAUUGGGUCGGUUUAUGUGGAUAAAUUGGUUUGGGCGGAGGAACGAAAUGGUUAUUACUCUGUCAAAUCCGGGUACAAGCUUGCUAUGAAGUGUAUUUUUCGUAAUGAUAAAUACCAUGUGGAAGGUAAUUGGAAAGAAAUAUGGAAAGCGCAUGCUCCGCAUAAAGCGCGUCAUCUUCUUUGGAGAUUAUGUAGGAUAUGUAUUCCAACGAGGCGUCGGUUAUUAGAACGUCAUGUUGAUUGUGAUGUUCAUUGUCCAUUAUGUGAAGAUGAGGUAGAAGAUGAUAUACACACUUUUUUCACCUGCGUUUCUACUCAAUACAGUUGGCAAGCAGCUGGACUAUCAUCUGUCCUGGGUUCCGCAGCUUGUCAGCAAGGUAGUGCGGUAGAUAGAGUGUUUGCCUUGUGUCGGAAUGAGGAUUACACUACUAUAGGUAGAGUGGCCACACUGUUAUGGAGUAUAUGGCAUAACCAGAAUGAUAAAAUUUGGAAUGAUAAUGUUAGAAGUCCAAUCCAAAUUGGUCGAGCUGCGUUUGAUCAUUGGAACGAGUGGUUUGCAGUCCAUAAGUUGCGAAGUAACGAUGAUCAUGAUGUUCCGCUUGUCAGCACCAAUUGGUGGGAAAAGCCUCAUAUAGGAUGGUUAAAGUGCAAUGUAGAUGCAACAUUUUUUGUCGGUGCAGGUAGGACCGCAAUAGGUGCUUGUUUUCGUAAUAAUUCUGGUGAGUUUAUGGCUGAAAUUACGCAGUGGCAGCAACUGACUUUAUCAACAGAGGAGGGUGAAGCAUGA